GAUGAGGCUUCUGGGCAGACGCCACAUGCGCCUACGCCUGGCUGCAGUGGGCAGCACCUUCUUGUUCUUCGUCUUCAUCCUGCAGAGGGAUGCGAGCAGCAGGGAGCAGGCCACAGAGAAGCCGUGGCUGAAGUCCUUGGUGAACCAGAAAGACCACGUCCUGGAUCUCAUGUUGGGGGCAGUGAACAACCUGAGAGACUCGAUGCCCAAGUUCCAGAUCAGGGCUCCAGACCCCCAGGGGACCCCAGUCUCCAUGAACCAGUCCUGUCUCCCCGGGUUCUAUACCUCGGCUGAGCUGAAGCCCUUCUGGGAGCGGCCGCCACAGGACCCCAACAGCCCUGGGGCGGAUGGGAAGGCAUUUCAGAAGACUGAGUGGACCCCCUUGGAGACCCAAGAAAAGGAAAAGGGCUACAAGAAGCACUGCUUCAACGCCUUUGCCAGUGACCGCAUCUCCCUGCAGAGGGCCCUGGGGCCAGACACCCGGCCGCCUGAAUGUAUUGACCGGAAGUUCCGGCGCUGCCCCCCACUCCCCACCACCAGUGUCAUCAUCGUGUUCCACAACGAGGCCUGGUCCACGCUGCUGCGCACGGUGUACAGUGUCCUACACACCACCCCCGCCAUCCUGCUGAGGGAGAUCAUACUGGUGGACGACGCCAGCACGGAGGAGUACCUGAAGGAGACCCUGGAGCAGUACGUGAAGCAGCUGCAGGUGGUGAGGGUGGUGCGGCAGCAGGAGCGGAAGGGGCUGAUCACCGCCCGGCUCCUGGGGGCCAGCGUGGCCCAGGCAGAGGUCCUCACCUUCUUGGAUGCCCACUGCGAGUGCUUCCACGGCUGGCUGGAGCCCCUUCUCGCUCGGAUCGCCGAGGAUGAGACCGCGGUGGUGAGCCCAGACAUCGUCACCAUCAACCUGAACACGUUUGAGUUCUCCAAGCCGGUCCCUGCAGGCAGAGUGCACAGCCGCGGGAACUUUGACUGGAGUCUGACCUUUGGCUGGGAGACUCUGCCUCCACAUGAGAAUGAGAGGCGCAAGGAUGAGACCUACCCCAUCAAGUCCCCGACGUUUGCUGGUGGUCUCUUCUCCAUCUCCAAGUCCUACUUUGAGCACAUCGGUACCUAUGAUAAUCAGAUGGAGAUCUGGGGAGGGGAGAACGUGGAAAUGUCCUUCCGGGUGUGGCAAUGUGGGGGCCAGCUGGAGAUCAUCCCCUGCUCUGUGGUGGGCCAUGUGUUCCGUACCAAGAGCCCCCACACCUUCCCUAAGGGCACCAGUGUCAUCACUCGCAACCAAGUACGCCUGGCUGAGGUCUGGAUGGAUGACUACAAGGAGCUUUUCUACCGGAGAAACCUGCAGGCAGCAAAGAUGGCCAAAGAGAAAUCCUUUGGUGACAUUUCGGAACGACUCGAGCUGAAGGAUCGGCUCCACUGCCGCAACUUUUCCUGGUUCCUGAACAACAUCUACCCGGAGAUGUUCAUUCCUGACCUGAAACCCACCUUCUACGGCUCUAUCAGGAAUCUGGGGGUGAACCAAUGCCUGGACGUGGGUGAGAACAACCUCGGAGGGAAGCCGCUCAUCCUGUACAGCUGCCACGGCCUGGGUGGCAACCAGUACUUUGAGUACACAACCCAGAGGGAACUUCGCCACAACAUCGCCAAGCAGCUGUGUGUCUACGCCGGCGCCUCCAGCCUGGGCCUCAGGAGCUGUCACUUCGUUGGCAGAAACAGCCAAGUCCCCAAGGAUGAGGAGUGGGAACUGACCCAGGACCAGCUCCUCAGGAGCGCUGGAUCCGGUACCUGCCUGACAUCUGUGAACCAAGUGCCAGCCAUGGCCCCCUGCAACCCCAGUGACUCCCACCAGCACUGGCUCUUCGUCUAGGCCCAGUCAGAGGCAGCUCUUAGGCCUAAGGGCUGAUUUCUGAACUCAGUGACUGAAGGCAGGA